AAGCAACAGUUUCAGUUCAGCUUUCAAAAAAACGCAACCAAAAACCCCAAUAGCGCAAGAUCAAUACCAACUUUCACAUAACACUGGUUGCCGUUCCUACCACUUCACUCCAGCAGAAGCCAUCCACCAUCGAUAUGUCAUGCAAGAAUUGCCCUCCCUACAAGAACUCCGAAUUGGGCAUCUUCUUUCCGGAUUGCUUCGAACGCGUCAGCGGUCAUUGCAACAAGAAGAAUCCCGGCAAUGUCCAGAAUCUCCACAUCCUGGCCCAUCGGGUGAUGCCCAAAUUCUACGAUGGCAUCGAACUGGACUACCUCCACCGCCUGGCACCCAACAAAUAUAUCACGGCCGCCUGGGUUCUCAGUCACAUCAGGCCAUCGGGUUUUCGCUUCGGCGGACUAUACACGUUUCGGGUUCAAGACGAUACUAUGUACACCCCAACCAUUAUGGGCGACAUACAUCCCACUUCACUCGCUGCCAACCUGAACAUACUGUACUAUCCUUUUCAAUCCCUUCGCAUGGAGGCCGUGCUGCAGAAGGCCAGGGAGGCCGCGGUGGAGAGCCAGUAUACGAUCGAGUGGACGAGGCCAUGCGACACGUGGACCGCCAACUUUUACAAUGUGCGGAAUGAAAGUGGACGUUGCACAAUGUCCGUGAUGAGAUCGGUAUCCGCACACUGGGCCCUCGGCGGGGAACUUCUACUGGAGUGGAACGAUCCCCAGAAACUGACUCCGGAUCUGGCGCUCGCAGCACGUUACUCCCAUUAUAACUAUUCCUUGGCUGCCACCGCAUCGAGGCAGGGAUUGGAUGUCACCUACUGGCAGCGCAUUCAUCCCCAUAUCCAGAUGGCCAAUCUCUUGGCGUGGAAUCGUAAUACCCGAAAGACCAUUGCCACGAUAUGCUAUCAAUGGAACUUCUGGAACUCAGCCGUCCAUGGGAUGUUCGAUUCGGAUGCCUCCGUGGGCUUCAUGUGGACAAAAUACCUGACGCAUUUGCCACUGCAAAUGGGUUUCAGUGUAGUGAUGAAUCUGCCCACAGAUCGAUUUGCUUUCGGCAUGCGUUUUGUUUUGGACCCAAGUGGAUUGAGACGUGGCGAGUAAUUUUCUGUAUUGGUUUUACUACAUGUGUACAACAAAAUUAUCAAUUGCAAGUAUUAGUCCAGAGUUCAAUGAAUUACAAAAUUGGCGUUCGGAAAGUCUCUUGAAUACAUUUGCGGUGCAACUUAGUUCCGAAAUAUUUCUUAUUCUAGCACUUUUUGCCACACGCUGCACAUUAAAAGCGAACACAUACUCGCAAACUCAGAAAGUUUUCCUUUUUGCAGCGAACAGAGAAAUCUCGCAUGCAUUUGAUUUAUGCGCUGGCAAGUCUAGACACUGUAAAUAUUUUUUAAUGCCGCACGAAAGACCAGAAAUCUCGGCUCAAGAGGGAGCUAAGAAAUUUAUAUGUACUUAUACACGGACAUAUGUAUCUAUAAAUCUAAAAUAAAUACAAUUUACACAAUA